AAGGAAUACCAUAUAGCCCUCAUUUGUUCAAACCAUCUAAGAAUAUUAACAGUAACUCCAUAAUAAUAUGUCAUAUAGUCCGGACUCAGAUGUUCCUAGUUUUUCACAAAAUGUCUUUUCUGGCUGGCAUUUUUGGACUCGUAACUUCCAGAAAGCUGAGCAUGGUGUUUUCCCACGGGGCCCCCUCCGUGCUGGCCCCGCCCUGCCUGGAGGUCUGGGUGCUCCCCCCAUCCACCUCUCUCUCUGCUCUCUCCCCAGGAGCCCAGAAUGGGCGAGUUAGCAUGCCUCCCGAGGUGCGGGGCCGCCUGGGGGACACAGUGGAGCUGCCGUGCCACCUGCUGUCGCCAGGGCCUAAAGGCAACGUCUCACAGGUGACAUGGCAACGUCUGGACCCGUCCGGGAACCCUCAGAGUGUGGCCGCCUUCCACCCUUCCCAUGGUCUCAGCUUCCCCAGCCCGCAGUUUGGCAAGGACCGGCUGUCCUUCCGCACCAUGGGGCAGAGCCCCGGUGCCCGGCAAGGCUCCGAGAUGCGGGACGCCACGCUGGUCCUCCAAGACCUGAGAGUGGAGGAUGAGGGCAACUUCUCCUGCGAGUUUGCUACCUUCCCCCUGGGCACCAGUCGUGGAGUGACCUGGCUCAGAACCAUAGCCCAGCCCCAGAACCGCGUUGAGGCCCAGGAGGUCACGCUCCGCUCGGACCCGGUGCCCGUGGCCCUCUGUGUCUCCUCGGGGGGCCGCCCACCCGCCAAAAUCUCCUGGCUCUCGCCCCUGCGUGGGGAGCCCAAGGAGAGCGAGACGGCAGGGCCCCUGGCCGGCACAGUCACCGUCACCAGCCGCUACGCCGUGGUGCCCUCGAGCCAAGUCAAUGGCGUCCAGAUCACCUGCAAGGUGGAGCACGAGGCCCUGGAGGAGCCGGACCUGCUGGCCGUGACCCUCUCUGUGCGCUAUCCCCCCGAGGUCUCCAUCUCUGGCUAUGACGACAACUGGUACCUCGGCCGUAGUGAGGCCACUCUGAACUGUGAUGUCCGCAGCAACCCGGUGGCCACAGACUAUGUCUGGAGCACGACCUCAGGCUCCUUACCAGCCUCAGCAAAAGUCCAGGGCCCCCAGCUGAUGGUCCACCCGGUGGAUAGGCUUGUCAACACCACCUUCAUCUGCACCGUCAGCAAUGCCGUGGGCACGGGCCGGGCCGAGCAGGUGGUCCUCGUGCGAGAGUCCCCCAACACAUCAGGUGCAGGAGCCACCGGUGGCAUCAUUGGGGGCAUCAUCGCUGCCAUCAUUGCUACCGCUGUGGUCGCCACGGGCAUCCUCAUCUGCCGGCAGCAGCGGAAGGAACAGAGGCUGCAGGUGGCAGAGGAGGAAGACGACCUGGAGGGGCCUCCAUCAUACAAGCCACCAACCCCAAAGACAAAGCUGGAGGAGCCAGAGAUGCCCUCCCAGCUCUUCACUCUUGGGGCCUCAGAGCACAGCCCACUCAAGACCCCCUAUUUUGAUGCUGGCGUCUCAUGUGCUGAGCAGGAAAUGCCUCGGUACCAUGAGCUGCCCACCUUGGAAGAGCGGCCGGGGCCCCUGCUCCUGGGGGCCAUGAGUCUGGGGUCCCCCAUCCUCGUGCCUCCAGGGCCGCCUGUUGUGGAGCGGGUGCCCCUGGAUCUGGAGGACAUGGAUGACGAUGAGGAAGACUACCUGGACAAGAUCAACCCCAUCUAUGACGCCCUCUCCUACGCUAGUCCCUCUGAUUCCUACCCAGGCAAAGGCUUUGUCAUGUCCCGGGCCAUGUAUGUGUGAGCCGCCAUGGCCCUGGCUCUUACCUCUCUUUUUCAUCCCUCAAGUCGCUGCCAGGACUCUUGUGCCGCUUGACCUCUGGCCAAGCCACUGUCAGUGAACACACGCAUCUCAUCUGUGACUUUGAUGUUGGUGGAUCCCUUGUGACCUCUAACCCAUUAUCUCUGACCUAGAGAAACCGGCCAUGACAAUGGAAACCUGGCAACCUUAUCUCAUGAGUUGAGGGAGGGGAAAUAUGUUUCUGCACAAUCCGACCCAAGGACUCCUAAAACUGACCUUAGUUCACGCCUCACAUUCUGCAGUCUCCUCCCAAAUUCCAAAGAAGACCCCAGACCUCUACUGUGUCCUUAGGUAGUCAACUCCCAAUAGCUCUGCUGGGUUGGAUGUUGGGGGGCAGGCACCUUGCUGCUCAGACCUGAGCCCUCCAGGCAGCAGAGCCCCACUUGCCCCCUCCCCACCCUGUCUGUUCCCCAAUGGUGGGAAGGAGGGGAGUCCCCAGCCCAAGGCAUAACUUCUCUGUCUCCCUCCUCCUGCAGGCAGGAGUCACAGGGUCCGGACCCUUCCCUGAGUCCCCACUUGCCCAAAUCCUAUCUUCAGGGAAUUAAGCCCAGUCAAGGACUAGAUAGGGUGAGUGUCAUGCAGAGUGUGCCUUGCUGACCCCAGCCUUGAGAGAAGAAUUUGUGUGUUACUUUGAAGACUACUAAGUCCUUUUACUGCUGUCCAGUGAAAUGGGACCCAAAUAUCUCCCGGAGGUGGGGUAGGGGGAGGAGAUGGUCACCUGGAUUGGGGUAAGGGAUCUGAUAUUGUUUUGUAAAUAGGGCAUUUCCUACCAAUAUGAAUUUGUACUUUGA